AUGACUGCAUGUUUCCUUACAGGCAGCAUUGACUUUACAAUAAGUGCAUCUUCCAUUCUGAACCUGUGCUGUAUUGCUGUUGACAGAUAUUAUGCAGUUUGUCAUCCUCUGUUGUAUAAAACUAAAAUAACUGAAAAUGCUGUUUUGAUGAUGAGUCUGGGGAGCUGGGCUAUCUCUAGACAGGCGCGCAGCAUCCAGAAUACGACCUCUCAGUUUGGAGCAGCUGUUAGUCAGAUGGAGAAAAAAUCAACCAAAACUCUGGCUGUAGUUGUGGGAUUGUAUAUGUUGUGCUGGGUGCCUCUUUUUGUUUCUUAUCCAUUUCAGACUUUGAAUGGUUUCGAUCAGCUAUCAGAAUGA